GCCGCCUGGCCCUCUUCCUCCAUCUCCCUCUUCCUCCAUCGCCUAUUCCCCCAUCGCCAGUCUCCCUGCGCUUGCGUCCCGCAUCGCCCUGCAUCGCCCUGCACCGCCAUGUCAUCUGCGUACACCCCUAUCCAGAGCAACGAUAGCCCUCCGCGCUACUCGGCCUUCCCUGCCCUCGGCGGCGAUCCCGACAGCGACCUGCCCGAUGACUUCAAAUACGGAGCUACCGUUGAGCAGUCCUCGGCCUCUGUCCGUCUUGACUUUGUCCGUAAAGUCUAUUUCAUUUUGGCUGGCCAGCUCACCCUGACGACGGCAGUGAGCUUGCUGUUCAUGCUGAAUAGCUCCAUCAAAUCCUGGGUCCAAACACAUUCCUGGCUGCUGUGGACCUCGAUCAUCUUGUCGUUUGUUGUUUUGAUUGCCAUGUCCAUCUACCGCCGGAGCUACCCAACCAACAUUUUCCUCCUCGGUGCAUUCACUUUCGCCGAGGCUUAUUUGGUCGGAACUGUCGUUACAUUCUACGACUCGACCAUUGUCCUCCAGGCCGUCAUCUUGACCGCUGCGCUGUUCAUUGGCUUGACCUUGUUUACCAUCCAGAGCCGUAUCGAGUUUGAUUUCCUCGCACCGUUUGUGUGGACAGGUAUCUGGAUCCUCAUCAUCUCCGGCAUUGUCCAAGCUUUUGUCCCGUUCGGAAGCUUCUUGAACUUUGUCCUCUGCGUUGGUGGAAUCGUUCUCUUCAGCGCAUACAUCAUCUACGACACCUUCCAGCUUUUCCAGCGCAUGUCGCCCGAGGAUUACGUCGUGGCUUCUGUGGAGCUCUACUUGGACAUCCUCAACUUGUUCUUGAGAAUCCUCCAGCUCCUGUCGAGCAACCGCGAUUCGGACUAGGCGCAUGCGGUGAAGCCAGCUGCCUGUUAUUGUUGCUAUCAUUUGACGAUUGUCGGCCGCUGCAUUCGCCACCCCUUGUGUCUGAAUAUACAUGUUUAUUCACCACAUGCA